AAGGUGGUUCCUUGGGAAGAAGCCACAAUCCAUCUCUCCUGUCGAGCGUUUUCUGUAUUCCAGCUCUCUUUACUCAGCUUUUGAUCUCUGUAGCUUUGUCUCUGCUUCCUCCUUCAGAAAACUUUAAGGGGAGCUAACUGGAAAUUAACUUCUUGUGAUUACUUGUUUUUUAACUGUAAUUUCAGUUACCUGUUAGGGUUUUUUUUACCUUAAAGGCACUCUUGGGUUUCUUCUGUUAUGACCAAACACAGCUCUGUCUGUUGUCAUGUGUGGGAUUUGAUACCAAAGCAAACCUUUCCUUGCCAAAUCUCAGUUCAGAACAUUUGUUUAACUUCUUUAAGGAUACCAAAUCAACUCCCAGUUUGUGAGCAUUUAUGUCCUACAUGAAAAGAAUAAGGGUUUUCGGCCCGACUUAGUAAAUGACACUCCCAGAGAGCUGAAGAGUAGCAGCAUUGCCUGGGAGUGGAUGGAUCCCAGGUUUACAUCAAACAAAUCUGUGUUUCCAACUUCUUUCUCUUAGAGGAUCGUAUUCAUUAAAAGUUCCAAAUCCCGAUUUUCUCCUAAAGAAAGUCCUGGGAAAGGGGAAAAAAAAAAUUUAAGACAGUGCAUGGAGGAAAAGUUUUUUCCUAUUCCCUUUAAAUUUAAUUCUUUCCUGUGCCUUUCUGCCCUUUUUUUUUUGGCAGCCAAGGUAGCUGAAAUUACAAAGCCCACUCUGCUUUUCCUAGGGCCUGUUUAAUCAAGAAUCUUUCCUAAUAUACAGCUCUUUCCUUCUUCUCUUCCAUUGCCUGUCUUCACCUGCAGUUUUGCAUUGCCAUCCGCUAAGAUGCCCUUCUAGAUCCCUGAUGUCUUCAGGUGUUCCUGGCAAAGCUGGCAGCAACCUCUUGUUAUACUUAAUAGUGGGAGGAACAGUCACUGGGACAGGAGCUUAUGUGUACAAAACACUGAAGGACAACAAGGAGCGAUUCACCAGCCGGGUCUCGUCGAUUACGCGACCCCAAGACGACGAAUCCUCUGCAGCCGGCGCUCAUGUCAAGGUCCCAUCCCACGUCCCUUUCCUGCUCAUCGGUGGAGGAACUGCUGCUUUUGCUGCUGCCAGAUCCAUCCGUGCCCGUGACCCCGGAGCCCGGGUGCUGAUUGUGUCUGAAGAUCCUGCCCUGCCCUACAUGCGUCCACCUCUUUCCAAAGAACUGUGGUUUUCCGAUGAUCCCAACGUGACAGAGACUUUGCGGUUCAAGCAGUGGAAUGGCAAGGAGAGGAGUAUCUAUUUCCAGCCACCGUCAUUCUACGUGCCUGUCCAGGACCUGCCCUCUGUGGAAAAUGGUGGGGUGGCAGUUCUGUGUGGCAAGAAGGUUGUACAUAUGGAUGUUAGAGGGAACACAGUGAAGCUCAGUGAUGGGACCCAGAUAACCUACGACAAAUGUCUCAUUGCCACUGGGGGAACCCCAAGGAACCUGCCCGCCAUCGAAAGAGCAGGAAAGGACGUACAGAAAAGGCUGACGCUGUUCCGAAAGAUCGAGGACUUCCGAAACCUGGAGAAGAUUUCAAGAGAAGUCAGGUCCAUCACAAUUAUUGGUGGUGGUUUCCUUGGCAGUGAGCUGGCCUGUGCUCUGGGAAGGAGAGCACGAACCCGAGGCCUGGAGGUGAUCCAGCUGUUUCCAGAGAACGGCAAUAUGGGCAAAGUCCUGCCUGAAUACCUGAGCAACUGGACCACAGAGAAAGUCAGGAGAGAGGGGGUCAACGUCCUGCCCAAUGCUGUGGUCAAGUCUGUCUCUGUCUCCGGCAACCGGCUGGUGAUUCAACUGAAGGAUGGCCGGAAGGUGGAGACAGAUCACAUUGUGGCUGCAGUAGGGCUGGAGCCUAACGUGGAAUUGGCCAAGUCGGCGGGGCUGGAGGUGGACUCGGACUUCGGGGGGUUCCGGGUGAACGCGGAGCUGCAGGCACGCUCCAACAUCUGGGUGGCAGGGGAUGCUGCCUGUUUCUACGACAUCAAACUGGGCCGGAGACGUGUGGAGCACCACGAUCACGCCGUGGUGAGCGGGAGACUGGCUGGAGAAAACAUGACUGGAGCUGCAAAGCCCUACUGGCACCAGUCCAUGUUCUGGAGUGAUCUGGGCCCCAACGUGGGGUACGAAGCCAUUGGCCUCGUGGACAGCAGUUUGCCAACAGUCGGAGUCUUCGCGAAAGCGACAGCGAAGGACACGCCGAAAAGUGCGACAGAGCAGUCAGGGACUGGAAUUCGAUCCGAGAGCGAAACGGAAGCGGAAGCCUCGGAAGUUCACAUCUCUCAAAGCUCUUCACCGACACCUCAAGUCCCGAAGCAAGGAGAAGAUUACGGCAAAGGUGUCAUUUUCUACCUCAGGGAUAAAGUCGUGGUGGGAAUCGUGUUGUGGAACAUCUUCAACAGGAUGCCCAUUGCUCGGAAGAUCAUCAAAGACGGGGAGGAGCACGAGGACCUCAAUGAAGUAGCAAAGCUCUUCAACAUCCACGAAGACUGAACUCUCUAAGGGGAACAUGGCAUUAGGAGUGAGGGGGCUGCUGGCUGUGUGCAUCCCUUCACCUUGGACAGCUUCCCUGGAGCACUUGGGAAUAUUCCACUCACCUGAGCCCAGUGUUUGCACCAAUAAAGUCAGAUUGUUCUAGUUA